AUCACAGAGAAGGAAAUGUGAACCAGUGUGACGCGACAUCGGCUUUUUCCACCUGGUUUGAAACCGGGAAAGCGUGUGUCGAUGGUCUUUACAGCGAUUUUCAACUUGUGUGAACCACACGGAGCCUGAAGCACUUGAAGAUGAUGCUCAACUUUUUCCCCGUGCGGAAAUUCAAGCGCAACGGCAGAUACAUUGUGUUCGGGGCGGUGCUGACUGUCGCGUUACUGGCGGUAUAUCUGGAGUUCAUGGCCACGAGCGACGAGUGGAGCAGCACUGGUGUAACCGUCCACAGUGAAAGCGUUGCUUGGGCAAAAGCUGCUGCUCAACAAGUGGCUCAUGACGAUAAUCGUGAUAAAGACAUCUGGAAACCAAAAAACACUCAACAGACAUGGAGGGUGGAGUAUAAAGGAAUGGCGAAUCUUCACGUCUUUGAGGACUGGUGUGGCACAUCUAUAGCUCAACUAUGGAAGAAUCUACAUUUUCCACUAUAUCCUCACAAUCGUACAACUGUGAAGAAGCUUGCUGUGUCGCCCAGCUGGACCAAUUAUGGACUCAGGAUAUUUGGAUACAUACAUCCUUAUACUGAUGGUGACUUUCUUUUUGCAGUGGCGUCUGAUGAUAACAGUGAGUUUUGGCUCAGUGAUGAUGAGAAUCCAGACAAUCUGAAGCUCCGCGCUUAUGUUGGAAAGACAGGCAGAGAAUGGACCGCCCCAGGGGAAUAUGGGAAAUACGCCAGUCAGAUAUCAGAUCUCAUUCCUCUGCAAAAGAACAAUAAAUAUUUCUUUGAGCUUAUCCACAAGCAAAACGAUAAAGGAACAGACCAUGUGGAGGUUGCGUGGUGCCUCAAACAGAUCGGGAAUGGAUUUUCAAUCAUUGAUUCCAAGUUCAUCUCCCUCUACACCAAUGAGUCCUCUCUGAAGGCAGCAGAUGUCAGUCACAUUCCUCAGACCAUUGCCAGUCAUGUGACUCCGCUCCAGAGGUCAUCUCAGACUCCGCCCCAUGGAGUAGACAUGCUGAGACCAGAUCCACGUGACUCGUUUCAUCAGGUUCCAUUAUUGGACAGGGCACGUUUGCAGGGAGUUUUACCUGACUGUAUCUAUAACCCCAGCUACAGCAUAAAGGGAUAUCCUUUAAUGCGCUACCAGGGCCUGCAGUUUGUGCACCUGACGUAUGUGUAUCCUAAUGACUACACACGGCUCACACACAUGGAGAACGAUAACAAAUGUUUCUACCGUGGGAAUCCAUAUUACCUGGAAAGAUACGGCUUCUCAAACUACAUUCAACUGGAUUUGCCUGAAAAUGAGGAGUUAGUCAUCAAAUACAAAGGAGACGGCAUGCUAGGAAGAGCCGUGAAUCUGGGCAGAAAUGAAGAUGAGGGCUUUCAGAAAGCUGGAAAGUAUGAGGAGAGGAAGCAAAUGAAAGCUAUGGAGAGGAACAAGGUUCUCCCGGAUUAUGGAGACGAUUUUGAUGAUUAUAUAAUGAAGAGACGCCGUAAUCUGUUUUCUGUCCAGAAACAUGGCAGAAUCAGAAAAAAGAGGGAAGACGGGGACCUAAAAAACAAAUUUCAACAGAUGGACCAAGACAACCAACCUAAGGAAAUCCAGAAACCACCUGGAGAACCACAGAACCACCCAGAGGAACCACAGCAGCAACCAAGAAAGAAGAAGAAAAGGAGACGUCCUGAACAAAACCUACAGGAUCAACACUACCUCCAAAACCCACCUUCUGAGUUGAAGUACUAUGACCUGGGAAAAGAAAAAGACUCACAGCGGUUUCAGAAUAAUGUCAUGGAGAAGAUACCUGACCAGAAGAAUCCAGGACCAGCUCAGAGAGAAGAUCGCUCGAGGUCAAAGGUGAAACAACAAGUGGACCAAUCUCUCACUCCGGAUGAUAGAAUUGAGCUCCACCUGCGUAAAGCCAAAUACAGCAAUAGUAGUGAUGGAAAUCCAAAUCUUGUGGCAGUCAGAGACAGAAAUAUUCCCAUGGAGAACAUACGAGAAGCCAAUGAGAUGAAGCAGAAAUCAGUGACCAACUCUGCCAUGUUUGAUGAGGUCCAGAAGGAACGUCAUGAUCUUGUGAAUCGAAUGGGUAAUCGGAAAGUCUAUCUUGGAGAACAUGUGGACAGGGCACCCAAGAACACAUUAGAUGAGGUUAAAGAUAAACGGCCUUCCUUGGAUGGGGAUGAAGUCAAAGCAGAACCGAUAAAGAGGCUCAAACACCCAAAACAUAAAGCAGAUGAAGCCAUGCAAUUUUUGAAGGACAACCCUGAAAAGGCUGUAGAAGAUGACAACAGUAUUAUCAAGCAAAAUGUGGCUCAUCAUCUCCAAAUUACCCAACAUCAACACCAAAACUCAUCGAAUAAGGCAUCGGUCAUCGCGGCUCCAUCUAACGAAGAAUAUAACAGCCGCUGGGGUCAUGUGAAUGACGUCAGAAAGGAAAAGGAGAUUCAGGAUAAUGCGAUGCAUAUAGAAGAGGUCGAAGAUGGAGGAGAUGAAGACGAUGCUUGGGUGAGCCAGGGGGACGAAGACUAUGACCUCACAAACAGGGUUGUGUAUGACGUGGAAGUUAAGUGGUGUCAGACGUUCCAGGCUAAACCCCUAGAUCUGCAUGCCUUGCGCUCCGACUGGAUCGAUCUGAAGUGUAAUGUGUCUGGAAACCUGCUGCUUGAGGAAUCAGAAGCGUUGUCUGUAGUGGAAGCUCUCAUGAAGAAACUAAACAAGAAAUAUCCAAGGCAGUUCUCUCUAGAGCGUAUUGUGAACAUUGAGAAGAAGCCUGAUUACAAUCGUGGCAGUAGAUAUCUACUGGAACUGGAAUUGUUGGAGGCUUCAGGACGCCACCUGCGCCUGGUUCAGUACAUCUAUGUGAAAAGAACUGAAGACUGGGGUUCUCACAAAAAACAAAAUGCUCAGGGUGAAGAACUUAAGCUUUGCAAUCCAUAUAGCUUCUACUGGAACCCGACUGCUACUGUCCACUUCAUCAUCCCAGUGAAGAACCAGGCCCGUUGGGUGCAGCAGUUUAUUUCAGACAUGGAGGAGAUAUACCGCACCACUGGAGAUCAGAACUUCAACGUCAUCAUUACUGACUAUGAAAGCACUGAUAUGAACAUAGAACAAGCACUACAGAACUCUUAUUUACCCAGGUAUCAGUACCUCAGGUUAAGUGGAAACUUUGAGAGAUCAGCAGGACUUCAGGCAGGAAUAGACCUCAUUACUGAUGAUCACAGUAUUGUGUUUCUUUGUGAUCUGCACAUCCAUUUUCCACCUGGCUUCAUCGACACUGUGAGAAAACACUGUGUGGAGAGGCACAUGGCCUUUGCUCCGAUAGUCAUGCGACUGAACUGUGGCGCUACACCUUUGGAACCUGAUGGUUAUUGGGAGGUCAAUGGCUUUGGUCUUCUGGGCAUUUAUAAAUCAGACCUGGACUCCAUUGGGGGCAUGAACACCAAAGAAUUCACUGACCGCUGGGGCGGAGAGGACUGGGAACUACUGGACAGGAUCCUUCAGGGUGGGCUGGAGGUGGAACGACUCUACCUGAGGAACUUCUUCCAUCACUUUCACUCAAAGCGUGGAAUGUGGAACCGCCAGAUGCUGCGCAACACGUAACCAUGUCAACAGUCUCGCCACUGCUGAGCAACGGUUACCAUGGCACUUUAAACUUCAGGACAUUCUGGAUGAGUUCCAGGUCACAUCUGACAGAAGGUGAAUUUGAGGUGGAAACACACAGAGACUCAGGACAAGGGUGUGAUGUG